CCUGUCUGGCCCCGCCCACUGCGGCGCACGUUGGCGGCGGUAAACCGGCGAGCAGCGCGCGCCAUUCGGGCUCGGGGCUGCGGGAGUCCGGCUAUAGCGCACCGGAUUCCUGUAGAGCCAAAAUGGCGGCCCAGUUUCCUCAGUCGAGCUGUAGCGUCCCCCUGCAGAGGCGGUCUCCAUGGCAACGCGUGGCCUCCACACAUUACGUAAUGCUUCCAGCGGAGGAGACUCGGCGGGUCGAUGGAGCUGCAGAAUCAGCGCUGAUUUGUGCAGCUUUUUCUGCAACACUUUUCUGCAACGUUCAGAAGCAACGCGAAGACACACAAGCCGCGGGUUCGACCUUACCGGAGAACAUGACCCGCGGGGGGAGGGGGAGGGGCACAUGCACCGGGAGGGGGGGAGAGCACCGGCACCGGACCGUCCCACUCAGCCGAGUCCGCGGAAGUUGCGGAGACGAUGUGAGGACGGCAGCAGCAGCAGAACAUCCCGCAGAAGUCCAGACGACAUGACGGUUCCCACGGAGAUACCGGAGAAAUGGUUCCCCGUAGUCCUGCCGCUGCACGGGAAGAAGAAGAAAGGAGCCGGAGGAGGGAAACCGAAGAAGAAGAAGAAGCGGACAGAGGAGGAGAGGAGGGUCCGAGCCAACGACAGGGAGUACAACGAAAAGUUCCAGUACGCGAGCAACUGCAUCAUGACAUCAAAGUACAACAUCGUCACCUUUCUGCCCGUCAACCUGUUCGAGCAGUUCCAGGAAGUAGCCAACACCUACUUUCUUUUCCUGCUCAUACUGCAGUUGAUACCUCAGAUCUCCUCCCUGUCCUGGUUCACCACCAUCGUGCCUUUAGCUCUGGUGCUGAGCAUCACUGCAGUAAAGGACGCCACAGACGACUACUUUCGUCACAAGAGCGACAACCAAGUGAACAACCGUCAGUCUCAGGUCCUCAUCCGUGGCUCGCUACAGAAUGAGAAGUGGAUGAACGUUCGAGUGGGAGAUAUCAUUAAACUGGAAAACAACCAGUUUGUGGCAGCUGACCUGCUCCUGUUGUCCAGCAGCGAACCUCACGGUCUCUGUUACAUCGAGACAGCCGAGCUGGACGGAGAGACCAACAUGAAGGUGCGCCAGUCUGUCUCGGUGACAUCUGAACUGGGAGACCAGAACAACUUGGCUUCGUUCGACGGCGAGGUUGUGUGUGAGCCUCCCAACAACAAGCUGGAUCGUUUCUGCGGGACUCUGUACUGGAGAGACAAGAAGUACACCCUGACCAACCAGAACAUGCUGCUGAGAGGAUGCGUCCUGCGCAACACCGAGGCCUGCUACGGCCUGGUCAUCUUCGCAGGUCCAGAUACGAAGCUCAUGCAGAACAGCGGUCGCACCAAGUUUAAGCGAACGAGCAUCGAUCGGCUGAUGAACACGCUGGUCCUCUGGAUCUUCGGCUUCCUGGUGUGUAUGGGUGUGAUCCUGGCGGUGGGAAAUGCUGUGUGGGAGCGAGAGGUGGGCUCGCUGUUUCAGAGCUACCUGCCCUGGGACCCUCCGGUGGACAACUUCCUGUUCUCUGCCUUCCUCUCCUUCUGGUCCUACGUCAUCAUCCUCAACACCGUGGUGCCUAUUUCUCUAUACGUCAGUGUGGAGGUGAUCAGACUGGGUCACAGUUACUUCAUUAACUGGGACCAGCAGAUGUUCUGCUCACAGUGUAACACAGCAGCUGAGGCCAGAACCACCACUCUGAACGAGGAGCUGGGACAGGUUGAAUACAUCUUCAGUGACAAGACUGGAACUUUAACUCAGAACAUCAUGAGCUUCAACAAGUGCUCCAUCAAUGGACAGACUUAUGGUGAAGCUACAGACCCGCUGGGAGAACAGCCAAAGAGGCUGGACUUCAUCCCCUUCAACCCGCUGGCUGACCCCGACUUCUGUUUCUAUGACGACAAGCUGCUGGAGUCGGUUAAAGUCGGAGAUUCGCACACUCACGAGUUUUUCCGGCUGCUGUCUCUCUGCCACACCGUCAUGAGUGAGGAGAAGAGUGAAGGAGAGCUGCUCUAUAAAGCUCAGUCUCCAGAUGAAGGCGCUCUGGUGACGGCAGCAAGAAACUUCGGCUUCGUGUUUCGCUCCAGAACGCCCGGGACGAUAACAACCACGGAGAUGGGACGAACCGUCACCUAUUCGCUGCUCGCCAUCCUGGACUUCAACAACAUACGCAAGAGGAUGUCCGUCAUCGUACGUAACCCCGAGGGUCGGAUCCGUCUGUACUGUAAAGGAGCCGACACUGUGCUGCUGGACAGACUCCACCCCUGUAACCAGGAACUGAUGGCUAUCACCUCAGACCACCUCAAUGAGUAUGCAGCGGACGGUUUGCGGACGUUGGCUCUGGCCUACAGAGAUCUAUCAGAGGACGAGUGGGAGUCCUGGUCAGAGAGCCACCGCUUCGCCGACAAGGCCACCGACUGCAGGGAGGACCGGCUGGCUGCAGCGUACGAGCAGAUCGAGCAGGACAUGAUGCUGCUGGGUGCCACAGCCAUAGAGGACAAGCUGCAGGAAGGCGUCCCAGAGACCAUCGCUGUCCUCUCUCUGGCCAACAUCAAGAUCUGGGUUCUCACUGGAGACAAACAGGAGACGGCCGUGAACAUCGGUUACUCCUGUAAGAUGCUGACGGACGAUAUGACCGAAGUCUUCAUCAUCAGCGGACACACAGUGCAGAGCGUUCGGCAGGAACUCAGGAGAGCGAGACAACGGAUGAUCGAGGUGUCACGAAGCAGAGAUGGAGGUAAAGAGGAGGCGUCGGAGGGAUGGGGGGAGGCCUGCUUUAUGAGUAACGGCUUCAAAGAAGGACAAGAAGGAGAGAAUUCAGCAGCAGCAGCAGAAGAAGGAGGAAAACAGCUGCAGUGUUCUCCUCCUCUUCCUCCUUCUCCUCCUCUUCCUCGUCCUCCCUCCAACUUCAUGGAAAACAUCUCUGGAGAGUUUGCUCUGGUGAUCAACGGUCACAGUCUGGCCCAUGCGCUGGAAGCCGACAUGGAGACGGAGUUCGUGUCGACGGCGUGCGCCUGCAAAGCCGUGAUCUGCUGCCGGGUGACGCCGCUGCAGAAAGCUCAGGUGGUGGAGCUCAUCAAGAAGCACAAGAAGGCCGUGACGCUGGCCAUCGGAGACGGAGCCAACGACGUGAGCAUGAUCAAAAGCGCCCACAUCGGAGUCGGUAUCUCGGGUCAGGAGGGCAUCCAGGCGGUGCUGGCCAGCGACUACUCCUUCUCCCAGUUCCGCUUCCUGCAGCGCCUCCUGCUGGUCCAUGGCCGCUGGUCCUACCUGCGCAUGUGCCGCUUCCUCUGCUACUUCUUCUACAAGAACUUCGCCUUCACCAUGGUGCACUUCUGGUUCGGCUUCUUCUGCGGCUUCUCUGCUCAGACGGUGUACGAUCAAUACUUCAUCACACUCUACAACAUCGUGUACACGUCCCUCCCUGUGCUGGCCAUGGGAAUAUUUGACCAGGACGUUCCCGACCAGAGGAGUCUGGAAUAUCCGAAGCUGUACGAACCCGGACAGCUCAACCUGCUCUUCAACAAGCGAGAGUUCUUCAUCUGCAUCGCCCAGGGCAUCUACACGUCGGUGGUGCUGUUCUUUGUUCCCUACGCCAUCCUGUCCGACGCCACCCAGAGCACCGGGGUGCCCCUCGCCGACUACCAGACCUUUGCAGUCACCACGGCAACAGCCCUGGUUAUAGUGGUCAGUGUGCAGAUCGCUCUGGACACCGGCUUCUGGACCAUCAUCAACCACGUGUUUGUGUGGGGCUCUCUGGGAACAUAUUUCACCAUCAUGUUUGCUCUGCACAGUCAGACCCUCUUCAGGAUCUUUCCUAAUCAGUUCCACUUUGUAGGCAGCGCCCAGAGCACGCUGUUGCAGCCGGUCGUGUGGUUAACUAUUGCACUGGCAACAGCAAUCUGCAUAGUUCCAGUUUUGGCAUUCCGCUUCCUCAAGCUGGACCUCAAACCUCAGCUCGCCGACACGGUGCGCUACACUCAGCUGGUGCGACAGAAGAGAAGGAAGCCGGUUGGUCGGAGCGUCGGCGGCCCCUGGCGAGGCGUCGGCAGCGUGUCCGAGGGCCGGCUGGGGGCCCGCGGCGGCUCCAGGAGGUCCGGCUACGCCUUCGCCCACCAGGAAGGCUUCGGGGAGCUGAUCACCUCAGGGAAAAACAUGCGUCUGUCCUCUCUGGCUCUGGCCACCUUCGCCUCCAGGCACAGCUCCAGCUGGAUCGACACCCUCCGCAGGAAGAACAAGAGCGUCCACACUCCCCCCAGCACGUCGGGCGAGUGCAGCCCGGCGCCCAGCUGCCUCUCCGGGUCGGUGCCGCCGCUGUCCAACUCCUCCUCGGUGCUGGGCGGCUCGCAGGACGCGCCGAUGGAGGAGGAAACGGCCGCAGCACCGGCUCAGACUGCCCCUGGUUCAUCCUCAGAGGCAGCUGCUCCUCAGGGCUCCGCUGGAGGUUUAAACCCCACAGCAGUGAGGGCCCCCGGGGGAGACUCACCUGGUGGCUGGACGCUCUCUCUGGGGACCGUACAGGAAGCUCUGUUUGGCUGGAAAGGCAUCACGACUCGUGCGUCCAGCAGUGCCGGACCAUCUUCCUGCGUUGCCAAGGAAACCAGUCAGAUUAAGUGAAGCUGGGAAGAAUCCCGUAAUUUAUUACCGUCCACCGGGUGUUUGCACACUCAGGCAGGAUUAGUCGAGUGCUUGAAGGACCAGAAAGAGGACGAGGACUGUUCUGAAAACUUUACCCACUCAGUGCUCUUGUCUCAAAAUAAAUAUAUUACAUCAGAAUCACGGGAGGAAGUGAAGACGCGGGACUUUCCAGGCUCCGAAUUAGGAUUCAACGGUGAGAUCACUGAUUUUAGCAGCGGAAACGAGACAACUAGCUGUUGAUUAUCUAAAAAAAAAACAUCUUGUUUCUGCUUAUUUCUAAAGCCUGGCAGCAUCUCAGCAAGUGAGGUGCAGGAGUUGUUAUUGUCUGAAAUCAAAAAUAUUCCCUUUUUAUUAUAGUUCUCAGUGAGAACGGCUCUUAAUUUACAGAAGAUUCUUAUCCCUUUUCUGUCAUUGAUCUGUUUUCUUACCGAUACCUCGACUCCACCACGUUUUCUUUGUUUGCAUCAUAUUGAUGUAUUUCUAACGGCCUAGUUGAGUUGCACCUUAAAUGCUUUAACUGGACCUUUUUUUGGUCUGACGGACGCCCGGAUCGUAUUAAUGAUAUAUGCAACGCAGUGUGGAAAAACAGAGAAGACAAACUGCCCACUGGUUUACUUCAGGAGUGAAAACGGCAGCGAAUGAACAUUUAAAAAGCGGUUUGUCGAGUUGUUAAAUCAUAAAUGUCGUCAUUUUGUGACUCGUGCAGGUUCAAGUGCUUUAAAUUUUUUUUAUUUGUCCAUGAACUUGAGUUGGUUUGUGGAUAAUCAUGCCUUAAAAAUGCCAAAAUGUUCUGGGUUCUGUUCCAUCUUUUAACGUAUAACUUUGCAUCCUUGUUGCAAACGUUCCAACAAGCAAACAUCUCGAUGAUCGUCAACCGGAGGAACGAUAUAAACCUGCUCCUGGAUGUCAUCUCCAUCGACUGACACCGAAAACUUCUGGAAAUGAAUGAUCUGUAGAGGAUCUUGUUGGAAUGUGGAGCUGAAUAAAAAUGUCAUUUUUCUGUCACCAUGAGGAACAAACACA